UGAGCAGCCAGGCGAUCUUCAAGCGAAAGAGACAACAUGGCUUCCAUAUUUUGGAAAGCGGCGGGGGAAGUAACUUUCCUGAAAUCCCUCGUGCCCUGUGUGAAUUUAAUACCUGUUCGUUACAGGGUUCGCAGAAAGAUGCCAACAAGAAAAAGGAUUAACCAUUUCGUCCAAAGACGCACAGAUCUGAUCAAGAAACUGGUGCUAGCGUUGGUUCAAUAUGAACGCAUCCAAACCACAGAUCGAAAGGCUCAGCAGUUGAAAAAAUACGGUGAUCUGCUUAUUGCUUUGGCACAACGACGACGCCCACCACCAGACCUUGAUUUAAUUGAAGAUGGUUUUGUCCUGACAGAAGAGGAGUCUAAAGAAAGAAGGCUCACAAAGCAAAUCAUAAACAGGAGAAGCAAAAAAGUAGUUGUCCCUCCUCCAGUUCUAAGCAAAGAAGAGUUUGUACAAAGAUGUCGAGAAGAAGCUUCCAAUAUGCUCCUGGGGGAUGAAGUGGCACUUGAAAAACUUUAUACCACCCUCAAGGAAAGAUACAAGGAAAGAUAUGGCAAUUUUGUCCGAAUUACUAAAAUUCCCAACCCACCGCACUCUCCCUUUCCAAACAUGGCAUACGUGGAAUUAAUAGGUAACUCUCUACCCACACUCCCUGAGUUACCUGUCGUCAAGCAAGGCAAGUGGGUUGUUUAUGGUAGAGAUGAUGACGAUAAUGAACUCACAGCACAAAGUGCCAUUGUUAAGAGUAAAUAGGAUAAAGAAUUCAAGAAAUCAAACGAUUGGAAAUAUUGUAAUGAUGUGCUCUCUAAGUUGGACAAAUUUGAGGUGAUACAGUACAGGCUCAAGAAACUCUUUGGCAGCAGUUCUGAUAUUUGCAUCUGGAGAAGUAAAUCUGCUCCUCUUAUGAUUCUUAAGGAGUCACUACCUUUUGGAAAUAAAUAAGUCUUACCCAUUCUGUGUCAUGUUAAUAAACUGUGACAAAAAAUAUGAUAUGACUUUUUGUACUUGCACAUGUACAUGUACGCUAUUUAAAAUAUAUGUAAAUAUAUUUAUUAACUUUUAAAUAACUCUUUAUCCUAUCGAAGUAUUGCCCCACUGAUGCACCCCAUAAAAAGUACAGUGGAACCUGCCUCAUUAUUACGGUCAUCUUGUUAUAAAGGCCAUUUUUUUUUUGUCCCAGUGAAAUGCCCAUACAUUUUCUUACAAGAAAACCCUAUUAAUACAGCCACCCUGUUAAUACAGUUAAAACCACAUUCUGAAAUCCCAACCUGUAUAAUCCUUUAUAAUUGUACCCUGUUUAUACAGCCACUCUCACCAGUUACUGGUGUGUUCAUCUUUCCAUUGUUAAUGUAUGUAUUGCUUGAAGUUUCAUUAUUUUAAUAAUUAUAUUCUGCAUUCCCGAAGUUUAUUAAAGAACAGUUUUUUAGAAGUGCAAUUGUAAUAUACUGUAGUUAUUCGGUUAUAAGGCGCACUUGGUUAUAAGAUGCAUCCUGAACUUAGCAAUUUAAUCAAGCUAAAUUCUCAAACUGAAAAUUACAUGAAAAUACUCAGUUAUAAGAUGCACCAAAAAGUUGAAAGUUAACAAAAGGAUACGAUGAAUCUGAGAAAAAUUAUCCCUACACAAUUGACAUGCGAACCAAACUGAAAAGUUCUACUCAAAUUGUGAUCUUAAGAUUUUGUUGUGUGAAAAUACUUGGCUAUAAGACGCACCCCAAUUUUAGCACUUACUGGCCGCCCAAA